AUGGUAGCGGGGUCGAGGGCCGACGGUGCCGUGCAGCAGUACAAGCUCUCUUCGAAGAUCCAGGCGACCAUCAAUUCCAUCAGGGAGAUCGUGGGGGCGCACUCGGACGCCGAGAUACUGGCUGUGCUUCGGGAGACCAAUAUGGACCCCAACGAGACCGCUCAGAAGUUGCUCUACCAAGGUUUGUUGCACUCGCCCCACUUUAUCGAGGUCUUCUCCGUGCUUUUCACUCGUUAGAAAAUGUCUGCGCGUGGGAUUCUAUAGAAGUUGAUUAUUUGACUUUUGCUCCUUUGUCUGAGUAGCUGGUAGCGUGUGCUACGUUCCGACGCUGUCAGUGCCAGUGGGUUAGGAAUACUCUGUGAAGUGUUCUGUAAUAUGGUGUCGGUACAGAAGGGUAAUCAACAGGAACACUUAAUUUAAGGCUACUCUAUUAUCACAAAUGCACGCGUACCGCACGGAAUUAGAAUUCGGAUUGAUAAUCACUCAAAUUUCUUUUCCGUUUAUAUGUUAAACUAGAAAUUUCCCCCCCACAGCGGGUUGGUAUCCGUGUACUACUGUAAUACAUAUAGAAUGUUCCACAUUCUCUAGUACUUUCAGCCUGGUUACUUCCACAUUGUCUUCUUGUCAUGCAUCGUGAGUGAACAUGAAGUGAAAUGGACGAAGCAAAGAUGUCUGCGGUCUGUUUACAACAUAAAUAUAUUUUAUUCCAUCAGAUAUGACUGCGCAAUACGAUUUUUUCGCUUUUAUUAAAUUUGGUUUUGGAUUACCUUGAAGUUUACUCUUUUUCACUAUCUCCAUUGUUCGAUUCAAUCCCUGGGUGUGCAAUCCAAUAUGAGAUGAAGAUUGGGGGGACUUUAACUCUCAUGAUAAAUGUGGAGUUUUUGUUAAUUAUUUUUUUCUGCGAGAAAAAUUAUGCAAAACAUAGAUGACGUCUUUUUUGAUGGCUCAAUGUACAUAUUUUUUUCUGGUCAAAAUACGUUUGAUUUAGUCUCAACUUUUCAUAUGUUUCAUUUCAUCUAUUGCAGACCCAUUUCAUGAAGUAAAGAGGAGAAGGGACAAGAAGAAAGAGGUUUUUCCUAACUAGAAGAAAAUAUUUCGAUUUACAUUUAUGUUCAGGUGUUUUUCAUGGAAAAUUUAUUGUCCAUAAAUGUCUUCAUUUAUUAUUUGUGAUCAUAGCUUCAUUGUCGCACAAGUUCUCUUAUUACCACACUUUGUUUGUGUGCGUAAGGCCUUUUUCCUGACUCAUGGAAUCCUCCCUCCAAAAUAUUAAAUUACUUUCCAAAAAGAAUAUGUUACGAAUUUGAGAAUCGCCUGUUAAAUGAAGAAGCAGUCUUGGUUAAUUGGCCCAUCUGAUUCGUUUCAAACAGAAAUUCUAAGACCAUUGUAGGAGGCUGGUUGCUGUUAUGAAAUCUAAAUGUUCUCUUAUAAAGAAAACUACCUUGGUGAAAAUAUUGUGUAAAAUCAUGCUUUUUCCCCCCCUCCAAGGUCGCUUUUAGGCUAGUCAAGAUAAAGGGGAAAGGAAAAUUUCUUGAUAGCGAGUUUUGGUAUUAUUCAGAUCAGCCAGAUCAGUACUGAGGGCAGCUUUGAAACGUAAAAUCCGAUUUAGACUUUAUGGACAUGGGUUUGAGCUUUACUGGCUUUUACCGGACAAUCCUUGGAUAUAUCAUCUUUACUGUUAUUAAUAUAAUAGGCUUCACGCUUGCAUGAUUUGGUCCAAUUUGUCCCUGCAUGGUACGAAGUCUUUCCUUCAUCACUGCUGUGGAGCUUUGAGGUUGAAGUUCGUUGUGGCAUUAUCUAACUAUUUCUUAUUCUAGUUACAAUACCAUGACGAGCUGCAUGUUUGUUCACUUUUUGAUUUGAUGGAUAUGCUUUAAUGUGACAUGUCAAUGUUGCUCCCUUUAAUGGGAACCAUUUCUAAUGUUUCUUCAUCAUCACCCCAGAAUACAGGCUUCAAGGGUUCUGUGGAACCUAAAGUUCAUGCAGAUUAUCCAGUGCAGUGGGCAAAAACUCAUACACCAGUUGAUCGAAGUCAUCGAAUGGGAAGUUUUGCAAGAAAUCAAUCACCUGGUAAUACACUAUAAUAAAGUUAUCAAUUCUUCUUUGUUGUAUUUUCUCCUAGUUUAAUGAAAGUGUUUUCUUUCAGAUGCUCAGUCUCUUCCAAUGUUGAUUCUCGUCAUUAUUUAAUUGGGCAUGAUUUUUCCUGCAUUUAUUUCUCUUCACAUAUUGAUGCCUUAUUCAUGGUAGUAAUUGCAUUUAGGUAGGGAAGUACUUGAUUGUAGUACUUUCGGGAAUAAUGUUAAGGAAGGAUGCUGCACUUUGAUUAUUUGCAAGCAUGUACUUCGUGUUUCUUUCCAUACUUGAUAAGUUCGCAUGCAUGUUUUAGAUAUUUACUCCCUUACUAGGGCUCAAUACCUCUAUACUUGUUGGCAUACUUGCUUCAGUUGUCAAUUUAUUUUUUAAAUUAUGCCUUCAAAUGCAUGACGCUGUUGUUCCAUGGUGUUUCUUCUCUCAUGGAAAUACUUUUUUAGUUUUAUAAGUCUGGGACUACCUGUUGUUUACCCAUUAAUAAUAUGGUGUUACUAGACACAGGAAUUGGUCGAGAGUUUCGUGUUGUUAGAGACAACAGGGAAAAUCAGAAUGUCAAUAGGGACCUUAAGCCAGAAGUUCCUCACCGUUCUGUCCUCGGUCAUGAGCGAGUGGGAACAAGUUUCCGAGAAAAGAGGUUUGACUGUUUCCUUUUUGUAUAUUAGUUCAAUAAUUUUUUUUGUAUUUAUUGAUUGGUGGUGCUUAAUUGGGAGCAUACAGCUCGAAUUAUCAGAUAACAAGUGAUUAUUGUUCUUGGAGAUUUUAUUCUUCUUUUCAGUACACGACUUCUACGGCUGAUGUCGCAUCAGAAGAAUAUUGUACGUUUCUUGGUCUUUUUUCAUUCCUCUUUGUCCAGGGUGCAAAACAUUGACAACUAGCAGGCCAUAAAAAGGGUUACCAGGUUUAAUAGGUUCGUUAUUGUUCAAAGAACUCGUGCUUUUGUCGGCAGUACUGGUUUAUAGCGGGUCUGCAUUGGGCUUGUUAGUUGCAUAAGAUAAGUUCCGUGUGUAUGUCUUUUCUGGAGGAAUGUUUCCACGCAGAUUUGCCAUUCCAGUUUCCCUUUUAGGGGGGAUAUUCUGAUCCUCUUGGAGAUGAUAAGCAAAAAAAAAUUCCCAGCUCCUGGAGAGACUGAGGAUGAUGCCAAACCAGUCAUGGCCUUCAAGUUGCCCAUUGAAAUUCCCGGCUCCUGGCAUAGUUUAUCAAUGUACUUCGAAGAUGAGGAUUUUACCUGCAAAAGCAGAAAGGAGGGUUGCUUCGCUUCUAACUGACAACUCUAAUUUUUUUCGUUUUCUUGUUGCAAGUGCUCUGCUGCCACCAAAGUUGCGGAAUAUGAUCAUGUUUCUACUGUGAAAACUCUUUUUUGUUAUAUUCUUUUCAUUAUAAAUAGCAUUACUCAGAAGAAUCAUAAAAUUGUUAGGUACUUAUUUUGUCUUCUAUUUUUGUUUUGAUCGACUUAUUUGAUACCAUUUAGAUUCCACAUAUCGUACUUGAGAGCUCUGAUUUAGGAGCUUCAAAAAUCUUGCAAGAAAAUGAAAAAUAUCAUUUUAUGGAGAGGCUGAACCCAAGAUCUACACAGUUUUGUUAGACUUCUGGCAAGCUCUAUCAAAUUAGUUGCUGUUAAUAUUGAGGGUGCUUCAUUAUGAAUGAAGACUGGUUUCGGUCAAGUCUCAGUCUUUAUUUUUUUUCUCCCUCUAUUUUUUAGUUCUAUAUCCACUACGAAAUAGUGUGAUGUUUGGACCCUUUUUGCAAUGAAGAUUAAUUAGUUUUUUGUUGAAUAGCAAACACAGUAUGUCGGUUCCACUGGUAAGUUAGAUAAUUGGCAUACAGUAAAAAGGGACCUUUUUAUUGGUUGAAGGUCCAAAAUUCCUCAAUGAAUAAAACGUUGUGUAGUGCAUUGGUUUUGCAGGGAGGGUUGAGUGUUUUGACUGUGGAGUUUAAUUGGAGUUGCAGUGACUAAAAACUUGACUUGAACUCAGGGUUUGACUGGAAAGGGAUCACCUAGGGGAAGUGGACCUGCUGGUCAUAACUUUAAGGCCGUUAGGUCCCUUUCAUGGGGUGCCUUUAUGCUGAAAGUGCCAAUAUGUGCAUCAAAAGUCGGGAAAGGGAUAGGAAAAAUUAAAGAAGAUGCCCUCUUCGCUACCCACAACUUUAACAGCAACUGCCCCUUGCCGUCUUUCUCAACUUUCAUGAUGGGAAGAUGUUGCCCAGUCUUAUGCCAGGUAGAAACGCAGUAUGUACGAACGUAUGUUAAUAUUGUAGAUGGGAGGCAGGAAGGUGCUAUGCAGGAAGGUAGAGUGAUGUAUACUAUGGUCAGGAAAGGCGUUAUGCCGGAGGGUAUAUUGGUAUGGAUUGAUAGGCAAACGAGUGCAUUGAACGGGAUGAUUGGAGGGAACUUCUCAUCAAGACGUCUUCUAUGUUUUAUGAUUGUUUUUAAUGGUGAUGCUUGUAUUGGUUAAUGGUAAUUGUUGAGAGAUUGGUAGUAGGGCCUGAAAGAGUAUGGUGAAGUGGGCAGAGGGUUAAUGGGAUAAAAUGACAUGUGUGUUUGCAUUUCCCGUGCAUUUACUGGUAGGAUAGCUAGGCUGUAUCUUUAGUUUAAUUAUUACACUCACUGAAGUUCUUAUAGAUUUAGUGGUUUUAAAUUAUCGUCGAAUAUGCAUUGAUAUUUUUUCAUUGUAUUUCGCUCGUGUAGGAGUUUAGUUUUGUUCGUUGUUCUUAACUAUAGGCAAACAAACUAAUCCCUUCAUGCUACGUUCUUCUCUUACUAUUUUCUCUGAUUUCCUGUAGCUCUUCAGGAAACCAAGAUAAUGAGAAUCACUCAAAUGCAAGAACUGGGGAGAAGUUUUCAUCUGAAAGAAUUAAUUCUUCAAAGGCCGGUGAUCAUGGCAAAGUAGCUGAUACAAGUGAUCUUUAUAGACGGUCAACUCUUGAGGCUGGCACAACAAUGACAAAGUCAUUGUUGCAGGUGCAAAAAGGAGUCGACCCUGGUUCUCACUCGCAUUCUGAGAUACUAGUAAUAUCUAGUUCUUCAAGUGGAGUGUAUGCUUCAUCCUCAGACCCUGUCCAUGUACCAUCUCCUGACUCCAGAUCAGCUGGUACUGUUGGAGCAAUUAGACGUGAAGUUGGUGUAGUUGGUGGUCGCCGCCAUUCAUCUGAACGCCCAGCCUCACAUUCAUCAUAUUCAAAUAAUUCCUUUUCACUUCCACUGCUGGCAAAAGAUAUCUCUACAACUGCAGAUUCUGAGGGAUAUUCUAAAGUCAGUCAGCUAAAUCAAUCACCUGCAUCAGAGUCUGUUGUUCCUGGUAGUAGACCUUUUUCUAGUCAUCAGUAUCAAAACAAAUUUCACCAACAGUCUCUUGGCCAUCAGAAAGGUACGUUUCGUAUUGUAUUUUAGUUAUUACAUUUUGCAUUUUUCUACUUCUAUCAUCAUUUUGUGUCUACAUGAUGUGUUCUUUUAUAAUUUGUUUAUUUCUGAUAAAUAUAUAAUGAACCGUUGGAGUCUUUCGGAUUAUGAGAAAUUUGGGUGUUAUGGUGCUAGGAUUUGUUAUAACUUUGGAUGUGGACUAUCCUCUUGAGAGAUUUGUAUUUUUCUUGAAGAGUGAAAAUGAAAUUUACAUGCUGAGAUAUUUGGCGACAUACUAUAUAAAUCAUCAUAAAAUGACGAAUAUGUAUAUAUAUGAAAUUUGAAAGGAAAGGAUUGCAUUAUAGGAAUUUCAAUUCCUUUAUUACUCAUUGAGGCAGUGAUCGUCUUUUUUUCCAUUCUUUAAAUGGAUUUUUUCAUUUGACUGUAUGCUAUAAAAUUGUCUUUUUGGUUUUUACUUUGUUUCCUCUUUACUUUAAAAUGUGUAACCUUAUCAAUAUUGCUCUGGACUGCACACUAAAAGACAAGUGAAGUUCCUGUUUAUUAAAAGGCUGAAAGCUUUUGGAAAUUAGAUUUAUGCUUUUGAUUAAAAGUGCCAUUCUUUUUGCUUGAACUUAAUUGUUAUUUUGGAGGAUAGAAUACAGGAUAAAAAUAUCAUAGCUUCCUAGGUUUACCAAACGAUUCAUUUCUUUCUGUUGGUACCGGCAGUUCGUGGAUAUUUAUGCAUUGUAUGAAUUUUGGGUUUUUGAAGCUCGUAUUUUUGGUUGUUCCUUGAAUGGAACUAAUGAUAGGUUCGGAAAGGGAAAAACCCCCCUCGUCCUGCACUUUUACUUCUGAUUCCUGAGCUGCUUUCUGCCAGGCAAAUUGUCUGAUCAAGUUAGCUACUAUGCUAUGUGAGACUCGUGCUGGAAUCUCUGUAAAUCAUCAAUUCUUAACAUUGUAGUCUGUGUCAUUAAUACCACAUUUGGCGGUUAAGGGAAAAAUUCAAACAUAAUAAGAUUCAGAGAUUUAAACUGAUUGUGAGAAACAUGUGUUUACUUUUUGGGGAGGGAGGGGGUGUAAAAAUCGAGAGUAUGAAUCAUACUUAUUUGGGCAGUGGGAUGGUGAGUAAAGUGCAUAAGAUUGCCGAAGCAAUUAUGUACGCAAAGCAAUAUGCGAAAGGAAUUGAGGUCAAGGAUGAUACCCGUCCUGCUCUCUUGGCUAAUAUCAUGGGCAGAAAGGAUAUCUUGUAUUUUUUUCCCCUUUGCUUAUUUGCAUGGAUGAGUAGAGAAGGCUGUCAUUUUUUUUUUUCUGGUUUUCAUUUGUAGCUUUUCUGAGAAAUAUAUCUUCUCCAAUAAAUGACUGGGGACUUUCUAUCCAAUUAUGGAAAUAACCGGAUCUGCUACCUUCAAUAAUUCCAUUUACGAGUUAAGCAUUUAUAUUUUUUAUGUAUGAAAUAUACGUUUAAGAUACCUGUUUUAAUUCAGCUUCUCAAAUUAACAUGGAGUGGAGGCCCAAGUCAAGCCAAAAAUCAAGAAUUGUUGACACUGGUGUCAUCGAAGCAGGGCCUGCUUCAUCUCCUACUGAGAAUUCCUCAAAUUUGGAGGUAGCUGCUCUGUCAGAUAGACUUUCAGAGGCUAAUGUUUUUGAUAGCAAGCAUGUCAUUAUCCCCCAGCAUCUUCGAGUUCCAGAAGCAGAGAGGGCUGGGUUGACGUUUGGUAGCUUUGGGUCUGGUUUUGAUUCUGGUAAGGGGUUCCAGUCAUAUGCUGCUGUGGAAGCACCUGCAAAUGAACCUUCUGUAAGGUUGUUAUUGAACACUUGUUUUGCAGGUUUUAUUUUCGGAAGUGUUUCUUUAUGAUUUUUCUUGGCACUUGAUGGUACCUUGUGUGCUCUGAUUUUAGUAAUGCCUUCUGCUAUGUGUUUUUUCCUGUUGCCUUGCUGAACUCCGAUUUCAACGACCACGAAUUCGAAUCGUUCUCAAGUUGAUUUCUUCAUACUCGUGUUUUAACCUCUAUUUUUUCUGAAAUAUAUAUUUCUGUUUCACUUUAAUUACCAUUUAAAGUCGGUUUUCUGUGCAUGACCUUCAAAAUACUUUUCUGUUUGAGUAUUUUGGUACACUUCUGUGGCUUAUUGCAAUGACGUGAGACUCUUGAUGUUGAUGCUUUUCCCGGCAUACACUGUUUCUUAAUUUAGUCCGGCAGGAAAGAGGAGGCAUAGUCUUCAAAGUAUAAUUUAGACCUAUUCUGGUAUCCCUAGAUCUAAUUCAUACCAAUUUCUGGUAUUUAUUGUCCUGUCAAAUCUGUUUUUGCUUUAGUACAUCCAUAAAGUAUUUAUAUUACAUAAGCCAAGCAUUUUUCAGACAUUUAGGCACCACGGUGAGUCCUAUGAAUAGAUGCAAAAGGUUUUUGGUGGUUUCAUAUUUCUUCCUCGAGUCUCUCGAGUUUUUAUAAUUUCGUCAUAAACGUAUCUUACUGGAACCUGAUCUAGAUUAUGAGGUUAUAACAAAAAAAGUUAUUUUAUAAUUUUGCCAUUCGCAAAUUUGUGAAGUCAGUCAAUGGGAGCAAUGAUAGUGAUAAAUAUUUAUAAAUUUUCUGCUUUUUAGUUGUGUUGUAGACUUUUUUCUUAAUUGAGGUAUAUGAUCUCCAUUUUAUGUUUCUGUACAUAAUCUAUAUUUACGUUUUUUUGACUUCCAGCAGGACAUCAGUCUCAGUUCCGGUUGGAUCUAGUGAAGACCUUUCCCUCGGAGAUCAGACAGACCUGGUAGAUGGCCAAACCAGAACUUCUCAGUCGAGUUCUCCAUCUUCAGCUGCAGAGUCUGAGCGGGCACAUCUUGAAAAAAUUGAUGCACCAAGUCCCGGUAAUACAGGGAAUUUCACUGAUAUUGGAUUGGUUCAGAGCCAAAGUGCUUCUUUUGAUGAACCUGAGCAAGAGCAGAUGCAACAUCCUCCCUCGCUGCCAAACUUUUCAGUAAGUCAUUGAUUGACCAUAAAGGGGUUUUAUGUUUUCUCAAUCUCUGGAACAUUUUUUAAAUGCUUAUCAUCUAGAUGUUCUUCAGUAAUUUAUGGCUUAUGAGUUAUUUCGUUUUCAAUGAUAGUAUGUCUAGCGACGGUUGUUAUUUUUAUUUUUAAUGUUCUCUGACUUUUCAUUUUGCAUUCAGAUCAACCCCCCUUCAUCUCCUUGGUUUCAGGAAGCGUAUGAUCCUCAACACAGUUAUGAGAUGCAAUUCUUUGGAUCAGGAAUGGAAGAUAGCGUUCACGGACAGAGGCUGUCCUCACCACCUGAGGUAUUACUCAUGGCUAAUCGAUGUGCUGUUGAACUUUUUCCCUUUUUGAAGAACUGGGGAUACUCCCCUUAUUAAUUUUCAGCAAAUCGUUGUCUAUUUGAGAAGGCCAUUGCCAACAGCAAAUCUGUACACUGCGAUUUUUUCAAAACUUUCUUCCUGGCGUUUCAAAUUGAAGAUCCCUCAUAGUCUGAUGAAUAUGUUGUUUUCCCUGUCAAGAUUCAGUAGUUAAACAUCCAAUCUUCUUCUUUUGUGCUUUUCCUCUGUUUCGCUGAGAAUCUAGUCACUCAAUAAACCCACAUGACCACACAAAUGAGACCUAGACUGAGGCUUGGCAGUUCACAUACUGAACUUCAAUGUAGACAAUGUGUGCAACAGGUGGUCAAUAGGAUUGGGAAUAUUCCUUCGGGAAAAGGAUUUUAGUUUGAUCCCGUGAUAGAGUAACCAGCGGGCAAUAUGUUAGCUGACUAAUAUGACAUUGAUGAAGGAGAAUAGUGUUGUACAGUAGCAUUCAUUGGUGUCAUAAAUCUUUUCUUAUUUACACGGAAUUCUGGGCCUGUGUAACAAAUACUACCUUACACAAUUUGGAUUUGAUCGGGGUUGACUAUUCUUUAAAGUUGACGUUAAAGGAAGGUAGAGGUUAAAAUUCUGAAACGUAUGGUCUCACCCCUAUCAGCUAGUUUCUAGCAAGUUUGCCACAAGUGGAGGGAAUGGGGGAGCUGCACUUUCAUUUUGCUGGCUAAGUUCAGAGGAAGAGCAGAAGGGGUGCCAGAGAAAACGAAACCUUUGACUGAUCUAUGUAAACUGCCACAGCUUCAGCCCAUUGGCUGUCACACAAAUGCUCUGUCCUAUGUAAUGAGCUAGUCUACAAGGGAAAGGGUCGUUGGGGAUAGUGGUAGAGUAUAUAAGUUUCUUCUAAACAUUUCCUUAGCUUUCUUCAAGUUUAUAUCUUUUGUCAACUAUUUAUUUAUAUUCUCUAUUGGCCAUACUUCGGUUUUUAGCUUGAUUGGGUUCCUAAACCAUUUGGUUGGAUUCUGGCGUCCAAUUCGAUCUGUAUGUGAUGAUCGAUGCAGCUGUUUACAGCUGGCCGUUCUUUGAGGAAAUUUGACCAUCCGCGAAGCCGAUGAAAUGAAAAAAAUUAUGGAACAUAUCAGUUGUUCACAAUUGCACCGGGGGUAAUAUUGUCUAAAAAAAAUUGUUCUUGGAGGAUGUUGUGCAUCAUCACAUGAUUAGAUGCAGAUUGCCGACUCUUCACAUUUUGGCUAGUUUUUCGAAAAUCGUCAGAGAUGUGUCGGGGUUCUGCUGCUCCAGAAAAACAUUCGAUAAGUCCCCUCCAUCCUUCAUACGCUAGUCACCUAUCCUAAUUACUGUUCUUCCUUUGACAUCUCUGUCAAUCUGUCAUGUGCCAAUAAUUUCCGCAUUGGGGAGAUCCUACUGAUUGCCCGCCUUCCCUGGUGCCAGUCUCCCCUCGGAACUCCUCUCAUAUGCUGCAAAUGCAAAUGUACCUUUUUUUAGUUGUUCAUCCUUCAAUUCAUGAUGUAGAACACAAAUUCCUUGACCCGAUUAAUUCCUUCUUACUUCUUUUUCUUUUUUUCUUAUGAUCUUCUUUCUCCGUCGAUGAUGAUUUUGCUCAGGCCCUCGGUCAGCACAUCGCAAUCAGCAGCCCCGCUUCCACCGUAGCCAUGGUGCAGCACCAGGCGGCGUUGGCACAGCAGCAGCCGGUGCUCUACCCCCAGCUCCACCUCUCUCAUUACCCCAACUUCGUGCCCUACCGUCAAAUCCUCUCGCCGAUGUACGUCCCCCCCAUGGCCAUCCCCAACUACUCCGCCAGCCCCGCCUAUCCCCACCCCUCCUCCGGAAGCAGCUACUUGCUGAUGCCCGGAGGCAACUCUCACCUCGCCGCUGCCGGUGGUGGCAUGAAGUACGCGGCCUCACAGUACAAGCCACUCCCUGCCGGGAACCCCACCGCCUAUGCUAACUACACCAGCCCAGCCGGCUACGCCCUCAGCGCCACUGGCACCAUCGGUGGUGGAAGCGGCCUUGACGAUGUGAGCAGGAUCAAGUACAAGGACAGCAAUCUCUACGUUCCCGGCCCCCAGGUACCACCCUUGCCGUCGACCAAUCUCGACGUGCCGCCAUUUCUAACGAGUCUCUCCGCUUAAUUUUUGCAGGCGGAGGCGUCGGAGAUUUGGAUCCAGACGCAGAGGGAUCUGCCGAACAUGCAUUCCGCCGCCCCGUUCUACAACAUGUCCGGCCAGGCGCCGCAUGCGGCGUACCUGCCCACGCCGACGGGCCAUGCGUCGUUCAAUGCGGCGGCGCAGUCGUCCCACGUGCAGUUCCCUGGCGUGUACCAUCAUCCGGCCCAACCGGGGCCAAUCAGUAGCCCCCACCACCUGGUGCACCAGCAAGUAGUACCUCCGGCCGUGGGCGGCGGCGUCGGCGUGGCGGCCCCGGGGCCCCAGGUCGGGUCCUACCAGCAGCCGCAGGUCAGCCACCUCAACUGGACGGGCAAUUUCUGA